AUGCUUCGGCACGAAUAGGCCGGCUCGACCGGAGUAAUACCACGGCCUUACAGAAAAUCGACGUGAAGCAACGCUUGCGUUGUGUUUCGUCGUGUGAGUGAGGAUACCGGAGGUACUUUUUUUUCUUACCUUUCAUCUUACUUUUUUUUACUAAAAGCGUUGCCCCACCCUAGCAUUUUCUCCUGUGUUGUGGGUGCGUUUACAAACAUACUAGUUCACAUAACACAAUGACACCCAGACCCGAAACAACAAUUUUUGGAUCACGCAAAUUGUUGUUCCGUGCGGGAAUCAAAACCGUUACAUGCUGCACGGCGGUCGGUUGCCCAGCCACCGCACCAACCGUGCAGUCAAAUACAGCAUAA